AUGUCAGAAUCGACUGAAGACCUCAAGCAUGACGGCAAUCGUUUCUUUCAACAAGGGCGAUAUCAGGAAGCUAUUGAUGCCUAUAGUAAAGCGAUUAUCAGAAAUCCACAUGUUUCCACGUACUUCACCAACCGAGCACUUUGUUAUAUGAACUUGAAAGCAUGGAGUAAAGCUGCUGAGGACUGCUCAAAAGCUGCAUUUUUGGACAGGAAUAACGUUAAAGCUUACUAUUUUGGCGGACGUGCAGCUAUUCAAUUAGGCAACUACAAUGAAGCUAUACGGCUCAUCACAAAAGCUAAAGAAUUAGCUAGCAGUCAGAAAAUGAAUUUCGGCGACGAAAUUCAUGCUCAAAUGCGCCUCGCUCGAAGAGAAAAGUUUCGAGUGGAAGAGGAGAAACGAGUUAAGGAAGAGGGUGAACUGCAGAUCUACUUAAGGAACGCGGAAGGCGAGGGCACUCAUAACGAGGAGGUGACAGAUAAAGUGGAGCAAAUCACACAGGAAGGGGAGCAACAUAAGGCUCAGCUUGAUUCACUGUUUGCACAGAUCGAUGAUCGACGUCGCAAACGUGAAAUUCCGGAUUUCCUUUGCGGAAAAAUAUCAUGCUCGUUGCUACAGGAUCCUGUAAUCACUCCAUCCGGCAUUACCUACGAUCGUGCUGACAUCAAACAGCAUCUUCACCGAGUUGGUAAGUUCAGGCACCUGUCUAUAAAAUCUUCUCCAAUCUCUCUAUGUAGAAAUGCCUAUCUAGGAUUGAUUAGUGAGGCGAUGAUAGUUAACUGGACACUCUCUCCGGUUCCUUUUGAUAAUUAUGCAGUUGUUAUUCGGUUCUAUUGGCACCGGUACCUCCGCUCCACUGAGGCCGAUCUUAUUCCGAACCUCGCCAUGAAGGAAGUAUUGGAACAUUUCCUUAUUGAAAAUCCUUGGGCUAAAUACGAAGACUUGUUGAGUUGA